AUGAGUCAACUAGGAACAGUAUACGCAACAAAAAGAAGACGGAGAAAUGGAAAAAGUCUCAAACCACCACCGAAGGAUGGCGUCACAAAGUCAAAUCCGUCAAAGCGACACAGGGAACGUCUGAAUGCAGAAUUAGAUUUAUUAGCAUCACUUUUACCGUUUGAACAAAAUAUUCUUAGUAAAUUGGAUCGACUGAGUAUUCUUAGGUUAUCUGUUAGUUAUUUAAGGACAAAGAGUUACUUUCAAGUUGUUAUGCAUAAAGACAAAGAAGAAAAUGGAAUUCUGUCGCAUCUCCACAGUCACCACGACAGUUAUCGGGCACGAGAUUUGGGCGCAAUUGAGCAUCACAUGCUCGACGGUGAUAUGUUUCUACAGGCUCUUAAUGGUUUCCUAAUGAUAUUAACAUGUGAGGGUGAAGUUUUUUUCGCAACCCAUAGUAUAGAAAGUUAUUUAGGAUUUCAUCAGUCUGACAUUGUUCACCAAUCUGUAUACGAACUAGUCCAUUCCGAGGAUCGUGAAGAGCUGCAGAGACAACUCAUGUGGAAUUCCUUUCUUCCCGCCGAUUUAACUGGCAUGCCAUUGUCCGAAGCACUCGCUCCCGAUAAAAUUACGCAUCUCGAGCGAAGUUUCACUGUGCGAUUUCGAUGUCUUCUGGAUAAUACGUCGGGAUUUUUACGUUUAGACAUUCGUGGACGUGUUAAAAUCCUUCACGGACAAAACCGAAAGACAGAAGAACCUCCGCUGGGACUUUUCUGUUAUUGCACACCUUUUGGACCUCCAAGCCUUUUGGAAUUGCCUCAAAAGGAAAAUAUGUUCAAGUCUAAACAUAAAUUGGACUUGUCCCUUGUUUCGAUGGAUCAACGAGGCAAACAAGCGCUUGGCUAUUCGGAUUCUGAGUUGGCAAACAUGGGUGGAUACGACUUAGUGCAUUACGACGAUUUGGCUUAUGUUGCAAGUGCGCAUCAAGAAAUGCUCAAAACUGGUGCUUCUGGCAUGAUUGCUUACCGCUACCAAAAGAAAGACGGCACGUGGCAAUGGCUGCAAACCAGUUCGCGUCUCGUCUACAAGAAUUCCAAGCCAGAUUUUGUGAUAUGUACGCAUCGUCAGUUGAUGGAGGAAGAAGGUCGCGACUUGCUCGGCAAACGAACGAUGGACUUUAAAGUUAGUUAUCUCGAUACGGGUCUCUCGUCGAGUUACUUUACGGACACGGAUCAACUGAUAGUUCCUUCGGCGGGUGGCGGAAGUCCAAAUGCGAUCGUACCGCCACCCACAGUGCAUCAACCACGCGCCAAUCGUCGUUACAAAACCCAAUUACGGGAUUUUCUCUCAACUUGUCGCACGAAACGCAAGUCUUCGUCUGCCCAAUCAUCAGUGGGGCAAAUCACACCUCCUACACCCGUCGUUGAGUACAUUCCGGAUGCUUCGGCCGCUGUUGCUGCUUCAUACUCUAAUUUGAAUCCAAUGUAUCCGUCGCCGUAUGCUGCGGGAGCUGAAAACUUUUACAUUCAGCAUUCGUAUCCUGGGGUCACGGAAAACCUUUUUCACCAGUAUCGAUUGCAAGGUGUGGGAAGUUACUAUCCGGAUUACCAUCAUUCGCCGACAUCAACGUCUUACAUGACAGCAAACGGUUUCCUGCCGUACGAGAGCCCGUACGGAAUUAGUGCCACAGCCAAAGAAGAAAAAUGGAAUGAAAACUCAAAAUACUACGGAGGAAGUGACAAUAGGGUUUACAGCGGGUAUACGAGUCCAGCUCAGGUAAUUCAGCCUACGCCUCAUCACAAGACUCCAAAAACGUCACCUCCAGUAAUUGAUGCGGUAUCAUGUUCCUCUGGCGGGCCAUCGCCCGUUACAACCCACAAUAUCCAAACGCCCAAUAGCAAUAAUUCGACGUCAACGAAUAACAACAACAUUCCACCAACGCCUCCAAAUUCGAAUUCCUCCAACGGGAUUCUCGCUGUCACGCCAAAAAUUGAGCAUUCACCACCAAUUUCCACGCAAAGCCAAUACGAACGACAAACAGUCUUGAUGUGGGGAGCCUCCAACAACAAUAGUUCACGAUCGCCAAAUACGACGCCAACGUCAAAUGGGGCAGCUGCCUACCAAGAGCAUCACGUAAAACAGACGCCAAGUCAUCAAAUAUCUCCGACGUCGGAAGAUAGUCAUCAUGCUUCGUCGGCGGCGACACCGGGAUCACUCUCGUCUCACUUGAAAUGGAAUGGCAUAACCAAAGAUGUCCCGCCCGGCGUUCAUGUUUAUCCAUUGCACCAGCAUCACGAGCUAAAUGUUGAUCAUUCGGCCGCCAUGUACCAACAAGCGUUGUCGCAUCACUCGGCUGGCGGACACUUGGACCACUCGUUGCAUCAAGGGCAAAAUGCACAAAAUAACUGCGAGGUCAUCACAGUUGGCGGCAGCAGCAACGGCAGUCGAUCAUCAACCAUACACCACAACACAAUCACAUUGUCUCUCGCUCAACAACGGCUUCAUCCAUCCGUCGGAUCAUUCGGCAGCAGUUGCCCAUCCCCAACACGGUUCCAUGCUUACCCAACUAUCGCAUACCACACACAUGCGUAUGCCACCGACCCGGACGGGAGUCCUCUGUUGUCCUUCUCUGAAGUAACAAACACCUUGUUGAACCAGUAA